AUGUCGUCGCCGUCGCUGCUUGAGCAGCUCUCACACUAUGUUCUGGACGGCGUCUGGCAGCUCGGCAACUGCUUCAACUGCUUCCCUUCCAAUCCCUCGCUCAAGAUCAAUGGCAGGAGCCUCAAGAUCUUGCGCCUGCUGGGCGAGGGAGGCUUCAGCUACGUCUACCUGGUGCAAUUGCCCUCCGACCCGACUCUAUACGCGCUCAAGAAGAUCCGAUGUCCAUUUGGCCAGGAGAGCGUAACGCAGGCCUUGAAGGAGGUCGAAGCCUACAGCUUAUUCUCACCACAUCCCAACAUCAUCCACGCCAUAGAUCACAGUGUGGAGAGCGAACGGGGAGGCGAUCCGGGCAUGAAGACAGUCUACAUUUUACUUCCAUACUAUCGAAGAGGAAACCUACAAGACGCCAUCAAUGCGAACCUCGUCAACCGCGCGCGAUUUCCCGAGCGGAGGCUGAUGGUCCUUUUCUUGGGAGUGUGUCGAGCAUUAAAGGCGAUGCAUCAGUAUCGCGUAAGAGGCGCGCCAGGAGGCGAGAACAGUAGAAGGAAAGCGAAGAAAGUAAGGCAAGAGGCUGCACAAGCGGACGCAGACGCGGAAGACGAGGCAGUACAAGCAAAUCAGGGUCGGCGAAGGAAAGACAGAGAAGAUGGAGACACAGAACAUGAGCCUCUCAUGGAGGGCGAGGUCAUGGCCGCGCAGGAGGGUGUUGCAGAAGGCGAGAUGAGGAGUUAUGCCCAUCGCGACAUCAAGCCUGGCAACAUCAUGAUCGCAGACAAUGGCACGCAGCCAAUUCUGAUGGACCUUGGAUCUUUGGCGCCUUCACCGACAUCGAUAACGAGCAGAGCUCUGGCAUUGCAGGUGCAGGAUCAGGCGGCGGAACACAGCACGAUGCCGUACCGAGCACCAGAGCUUUUCGACGUCAAGACCGGCACCGUCAUUGAUACAAAAGUCGACAUCUGGAGUUUGGGCUGCACUUUAUACGCAUGUCUAGUCGGGAAGUCGCCCUUCGAAGCUCGCAGUGAGGAGACAGGCGGUUCGCUUUCACUCUGCGUGCUUGGCGGUGAUUGGAGGUUCCCAGACGAGGGUGCUGCAGAAGCGAGGCGAGGCAAGCAACGCGUGUCUGAUGCUGACGCGAGCUCCAAAAAGAGUGAAGAUUCGAUAUCGGAUCCGGUCAAGCAGAUUGUCCGGAAAUGUCUCACCGUCGAACCAGCGGAGCGGCCAGAUAUCGACCAGCUAAUUGCUAUGGUGGAAGAGGUCGUCGCUCAUCUGCCUGAUGAUGGUGAUGCCGCACUGGACAUCGAGUGA